UCUCUGCCAAUCCCACUUCUCUCUUCUUGCUUGAUUUUGCUCAAAAUAUUGACUCUUCCCAUAUAUUUUCUUACUUUGCAACUUGAUCAGAUACCCAAAGUGAAAGUUUUUGAGUUUUGCUGUUGUUGUGCUAUAGUGGAUAUUUCCCUACUUUGACCAUCCCCGGAUUACACAAGAGCUCAGGCCACCAGGUCAUCGGAAACCAGAGACAAGAGAGACAUGGCCCAGGUCUACCGCGAAACCCGGUACUCCCGGGAUUCUUCUCCUUCGGGCGACGAGGGCUACAGAAGGACAACCACUCGCCGUUACAAACAGGCGCCGAGCCACAGCCGCGAGAGAGUCUAUGAGCGCGAGAUUGACGUCAUCGACGAUGACCGCCAGGGUGCCCGCCUAGACGGCCGCUUCUUCGGUCGUCCCAGCGGCGGCGAGCUUGUUGUUGAUCGCAGAGAUGACCGUCUCUAUCCCGACCGGCCACGAUCUACUGCCGGCCAGGGCACCACCUACGUCGAGCGCCGAUAUCGAGAGACAGAGGACUGGGAUGGCGACAACAUCCCAGAUCGCGAGCGCACUGUGGUCGAGAAGCGUCUGGUUACCCGUAACGAUGAUGACUACCACUAUCGUCACGAUUCCAGCCGAAACAGGGACAACGACGGGUGGGAGCGCCAUUCUUACUACGAUGCCGAGAGGGAUGCGGACGUGCGCGUGGAGAGAAAGGUAGAGCGCCGCGAGGACGGCUCCGAGGUCAUCCUGGAGCGCCGGAUCCGUGAACACAUUGAUCACGACCACGGUGCCGACGUCGAGAUCUACCGCAAGGAAACCGAGUACUACGAGCCUGCACAGCCCAUUGUCAUCCGCCAACGCCCCGCCGAGCAGAGGAUCAUUGUCCAGGAAGCCGCUCCUCCUACCGUGGUCGUUCGUGAGCGCCGUGACGAUUUUGCUCCCUACGUAGUCGAGAAGACCGAGGAGGAGUACAUCGUCGAGCACAUCGACGACGGCCACCACCACAGCCACAGCCGCCACCGUGAUGGCCACCACCACUCCCACUCGCGCUCCCACCACCGCCACGAAGAUGAGGAAUACUACGCCGGCGCCACCCGUGUUUCUCGCCGCGACGAGCGUCGCAGCCGUAGCCGCUCCUCCUCCGGCAGCCCUCACCGCAAGCGUCACAUCGCUGAGGGCGCCCUCGCCGGCGCCGGCGUCUCCGCGCUGAUUGCCUCGCGGCGCAACAAGGAAACAGGUGAGGUAGACAAGCACCGCGGGCGCAAGAUCGUCGCCGGCGCGGCUCUGGGCGCCCUAGGCACCGAAGCCGUCCGCCGUGCCCACAGCGCCUACAAGGACCGCCACGGUGACUCCGAUGACGAGCACGACCGUCGCUCUCGUUCGCGCUCCCAGUCGCACUCUCGCAUCAAGACCGGCUUGGGCAUCGCCGCUGUUGCUCUGGCUGCCGCUGGCGCAGCCAAGUACUACGAGUCCAAGAAGAUCGAGAAGGAGGAAGCGGAGCGUGGUCGUCCUUCCCGUCGCUACAGCGAGAGCGACUACUCCCGCUCGCCCAGCCGCAAGCGGUCCAAGUCCCGCGCUGGUUCUGUAGCCAAGGCGGCCCUCGGUACCGCCGCCGCCGUCGGUGUCGUGCAGCACUACCGCCACAAGCGAAGCAAGUCCCGCCAUGGCUCGCGAUCCCGCAGCUCCAGCAGCGAUCGUAGUGAACACCACUCCAAGCUGAAGACUGGAGCCGAGAUUGUCGCCGCUGGAGUGGCCGGUGCCGCGGCCAAAAAGAUGUACGACAAGCACAAGGAGAAGAAGGAGCGGUCGCGCUCGCGCCACGCCCCCGACGACCGAGACCGUGAGUUGUACGAUGACGACGGAUACAACGAUCACCGCGAACGCGUUUAUAGGUCCAGAAGCAGGAGCAGAAGCCAAGUUCGGUCCGCAUUACCCUCUUCCCAUCAUAAUAAACAUGACCAAUCCGAGAGGACCGUCGCUGAUGAUCCUGAAUCCUUAGGUUUGGUUGAGUACGGAACGAACCCCGUGCCCGUUCAUAAUGAACACCAACAGCAGCCGCAUAGUAAGAGAAAGGCAGCGCUUGCUACGGCUGGAGCAGCGGCGGUUGCUGCUGCUGCGGCUACGGCAGCGGGCAAACAUCAAAGACACAAUAAACGCGAUAAGGAACCACCGCCGACGCCACAGUUACUAUCUGCUGUUGAAGACUACGAUGAUAACGGGAUUGCCACGGGGUAUGAGUCGGCGGCGGAGGAGAGGGCGAGAAAGGAAGAACGCCGUCGGGAGAGGAGUAGGAGGAGGAGACAAAGGGAGAGGGAGAGGGAGAGGGAGAGGGAGGAAGAGAGGGGUGGUGCGCUGUUGGUACCGAGACCGAAAGAGGAAGAGGAGGAAGUUGGUUAUUACUCUGAUACCGACGAUAGCGAAGAGGAGAGGAUGAGAAGACGGAGGGCGAAGAGUAGGGACCCGGAGAGAGAGAGGGAGAGGAAGGCUAGUAGGAGUCCAGAGAAGAAGCCGGCGAGGAGUAAGAGCCGGUUGGGAAGGCUGGCUGCUGGCGCCGCGGCGGCGGGGGCAGCGGCUAUUGGGAUUAAGAAGUUGGGUGACAAUAAUAAAGAUAAGAAAGAAAAAGAAAGGGAAGGGGAGAGGGGGAGAGAGAGAGAGAGAGAGAAGGGGAGGGACAAGGAGAUAGAGAGAGAAGAGAGGGACAUUGGGCUGGUGGAGAGAAGAAACAGUAGGGAUAGCGAUAGGGAGAGGAUGGAAAGACAACGGGAGAGGGAACGUGAACGUCGACGCUACGAGGAACAAACCGCUCCCACAGACCCUUUCUACCGGCAGCAGCGGCGGCCAGCCUCGCCUCCUCACGCGUCAGGCGGAUAUCCCCCAGUACCUCCAACUCCUCCUGCUGUCGCCCCUGCUGUUGCUUCUGUUCCAACAGCUACGCCACCACAGUCGGGACCACCACCACCACAGCUGCAACCACAUCGCUCAUCGAAUGGGUUCACGCAACUUCCGAACAUUAACUUCACUGACGUGAAUCAGUUCCAAACACCGUACCCGAUGGGGCCGGAGGCGAUGCCGAUGCCUGUACCUGGGCCGGCACCUGUUCAACAACAACCGGUACAGCAACCAGUCCAGCAAUCGCAGUACCAACAGUAUCAGCCUUACAACCCACAAGACUACGUUGCUAAUUAUCCACCCCCUCCUCCGGGUCCUCAGGGUUCGCAAGUACCACCGGUACUGGUCCCAGGCCAGAGGCAGCCCGUGACAACGACAAUGAACUCGACGGCUGCGGCUCCCCAAGGAGUUCCUCCUCCGCAAGAAGUCCCCCCAGCACUGAGGGCUCCGCAAGGAGUACCGGCUUCACUGAUGGUUGGUGCCCCAUCGCAUCUUUCGCAGUCGCAGUCGCAGUCGCAGUCGGUGAUGGGGAACCGUCCUGAAGAUGUGAGUACAAGAUCAUCUCCCAGAUCCAGAGAUAUGCCAAUGUCCCCUACUACGGGUGAUGAGAGGGAAGAACGUCGCCGCUCGAUGCACAUGCCCAGGUCAAGGCCUAGGCGGUUGAGAGGCGUCGUUGGCGCUGCGGGCGUUGGUGCCUGUAGUGGCAGUGGCAGUGGCAGUGGCAGUGGCAGUGGUACGAGAGAGAAGGAUGGUCUAAAACUCACUCUUCACCCACCCACACCCACCGACUCUUCCUUUUCUCCAUCCGAAACCGACUACUCUCCCACAACAACAAAUAUCCCCAAAGACAACAACAACAACGCACCACCCGGUGCUUCCAAAUCAGUAACCUUCAUCCCCCUCUCCCCCAAAUCCUCCCAAACCCUCCAGCGCCACCACGAAGAGCAAAUGGCCAAAGAAGCCGCCAAGCGCAUCUCGGGCGUCGACCCCAACAACUCUGGUUCAGACGUCUCCUCCGACUUUGAAGACCGUUUAGACAGGGAACUGAACGCUUUGGUACCUGCCAAGUACCGCUCUACGCCUGAGUCUUCUUCUUCCUCUCCUUCUCGGCGGGACCGAUCUCGCUCCCCUUCUCAACGCCAUCAUGAUUCGAACUCCGACUCCGACUCCGAUUCAACGCUAGAAAUCUUGCCGGAUAGGUUCGAUCAAAACGGUCGGCCAUUGGACUCUCGUGACCGGAAGGUGGUACACUCCAGAAGGGGCGGGGGCGAGUUUAUGUAUCAUGACAACCACGGUAACGGACUAAAACAAAUAGCUGGGACGGGACAGUGGGGGGUUAGCGGGACGGAUGCGGAGGCGGUGGAGAGGAUUGUGAGGAAGGUGGAGGGGGUGUUGGAGGGUAAGGGAAGUUGGACGGGGUUGGUUAUGGGGUUGUUGAGUGGGCGGUUGAUGGAGGGGGAUGGUGCUCGGGAUGGGGGUGGUGAGGUUGGGGGGAGUGGGAGGAGGAGGAAGAGGGGGAGGAGGGGGGUGGCGAGGUUGGGGGUUUGAUGUUGGGUAAGAGAGGUGGUGGAUAGGGUGGUGGUUUUGGUUAUGGUUGAUGAGUGAUGCUGGUAAUGGCGAUGAUGGUAUGGGUGAUGAUGAUGGACGGACGAAGGAUACGGACGGGAUGAUUUCUGCUUUGAGUCUUUAGAUAGGAUGUUAUGUUCUUUUGAUGAUGGCGGCUUCAUGUUGUCAUUCCUUGAUGUGUCAAAGAAGGUGGUGGUCAGUAAUGAGUUGAUGCUUUGAUAUUCUGUUCGUUAUACCAGUUUGGAUGCUGAGUUAGUAUG